AGGAUCUGGGGCAUAAGGGUGGCGCUCGGGUUAAGCUCGGAGCAGCUGACAUCCAGCUCUGUCUGACUGCCUAGCCAAUUGGGUUAAGGAUGGCUCCCAGCAACAGCUGUAUGGUCCACAUGGAGGAGGAGAGGCUGUUGGCAAAAGAGAAGAACAAGCUGAGAAAGCCAGUGGUGGAGAAGAUGCGCCGCGACCGCAUUAACAGCAGCAUCGAGCAGCUGAAGGUCUUGCUGGAGAAGGAGUUCCAGAGACACCAGCCCAACUCCAAGCUGGAGAAAGCUGACAUCUUGGAAGUGGCUGUCAGUUACCUGAAACAGCAGCGUCAAGCUCAGGGCCAAGCUUUCGGCCAGAAGAAUCCAGAACUCGACUUCAACACCGGGUACUUGCGUUGCUUGAGGGAAACGUUUAAUUUCCUCUCCUAUUGUGAACCCAAGAGGGAAACCCAGAGCCGGCUGAUCAAGCACUUCUGCAAAGUCCACGUCAUUGCCGACCACACGCGCCCACCCGCUCCGGCCCUAGGCUGCCCACCUGUGCCUCUUCACCCUCUUCCCAAGAAACACCCUGCCCACAAGAACCCACCAGCUGCAGUGACCAUCUGGAGACCGUGGUAGAGACCACUGAUGGACUUUCCUGAUAGCUGUCUACAAAAAUAUAUAUAUAUAUACUAGAGGAAUCUUUGGUUUUAGGAUUCCUCUUUCUUAAGUAGGAAACCUUUUGAUUUCCAGGAGGUGGGGGAGAAGGAGAAUGCGGUUGUUUUUUCUGCAAAGAGAAAGCCGGCUAAUGUAAUUUCCCUUCACAAUGAAGGAUCGUGCCUGCUUUUCGCAGAGUGGAUAAAGUCCACCCUUAAUGGGUGACCGUGACAGACAGCCAGUGUCUUUGUUCCUGUGCAGAAUGCAAAACAAAACCCCAGAAUUAUCUGCAGCCACAGUGUUGCUCAAAAGAUGUCUCUCUGGUAUCCGAGAGGUACAGCACUGAAGGUGCUGAGGAUCCAAAGGGUUGAAGAUCAGCACUGGCUCUCUGUUCAGGUUGUCCUUCCAAGAGAAGGGCUAUUUUUGAUGAUGUAGUUUUGUAUUAAAAGUGCUGUAGUCUAUUUUUUUUUUUAACCUUUUGCGUGAACCCCUUUGCCUCCUGAACAGUAGCUAUGUUACUGAGAAUCCUGUACUACGUUUGUAGAUGAACUUUUAAAAGUUAUUAUGAUAACGUAUUGGGCCAUUUCAGUUAGGUUUUGUUGCAUCUGUGUGCUUCUCUCAUUUGAGAGAGAUGUCAAUGCCUUUUGUAAAGGAAACGGUUGCCUGGGUAUCUUUAAUAAGGAGAAAGAACUGAGGGUACGUAGAUGAACUAUGUGCGAUGCUUUUUAAAAGAAAGGAAUAAAAGAUAUUGUGCAUUCAUCACUUGUGAUGUUGAAUACCAUUUGAAUUUCUUGGAUGGAAAUGCCAAUAAAAAGAUUCUCAUUUAUUA